CUGUAUGUGUGUGUGAAAUUAACAUUCGGAAGAACAAAUAUGCUAUUUCAAAGAUUUGAAAGGGUACAUUUGCAAAAACAACAAAACAAAACCCUCGCUGGAAGAGAACAGGAAAACAGAAAGGCCAAAACAGAGCAACCAUGAAACGGCACAAAGGGAACUCGAGGAAGAAGGCGAAGAUAGUGGUUCCCCCUCCCUCCUCCGCGCCUGACCCUUCCCCUCAUUCUAAGCGGUCUCCGCCGCCGCCUCUCCCGCCGCCGCCCGCUAGGUUGUUCCCCAACUACCCUUCGCCUUUCUCGACCUCUUCGACCCCUCUCCCCCCGCCGUCCAUGCCGAGGAAGAGCUUUCUUCGCCGCAUCCUGCCGCUCGUCUUGGUCGGCUCCGCAGCUUUUGCAUAUAUGGCGACAUCAAAGAAGAUUGUAACAGAGAAAGAUGGAAAAACUGGCCUAGAGUUUUCUUCUCUUCCACCUCAGAGUACAGAAACUACCAGUUCCUGAUUGAUCAGCCUAUGGAGACUUUCCCUACAUGCUUUUUAGUUGAAACCACUUGGUUUUCAUUUGGAUUGGAAUUAAAUAUUGACUAAUUAGACAAAAGGAAACACGGUUUUUGCCUCGCACAUGCCCACGCGGCUGUCUCGCGUUAUGUCAGUGGGAGGCCUGAUGACAUCAGCUACACGCAGUCAAAAUCGUGUUCCCUGCCUCGGCCGAGGCGAGCGAGCUGACUCGAUGACUUACUAUUUAGGUCACAUUAUGAAUAGCCAUGUCGGCGUCGUCUUCUGGUUAAAUGUGAAGUACUUUCUCCCACCAUCACGAGAGAGAGAGAGAGAGAGGUAGGCAUGGUGUGCAUUGUCACGUAGCUCCCUGCCAUAUGACUCUUGGAUUUGGGAAUGCCCACUCGAAAGCUACAUUUUGUUGGACGCACCCCCAUCAAUCAUCGAGCCUCCCCUCCCCUCAUUACCUCAGGCACUGUGACGGCGUUAUCAAGAUCGAAUGGCGCUCCUCCUGCGUAUCCUCUCUUCUCCUCUCAUACAAUUUGACUGCAGCUUCGCAGGUAUGACCUAAUGCUUCAGAGAUGACAACGUAGUUUGUGUGUUAGCUGCAGAGCUUUGAUCCAACAGGAAGAGUGAGAUCUGACCACCGCAGAAAGGUAAAUCCGCAGAGCUUUGAUCCAACAGGAAGAGUGAGUUCUGACCACCGCAGAAAGGUAAAUCCAACAACAAUGACUGAUGAGCCAAGUCGAGGCAGGAGGCUGCUCAUGGCUCGCUGCUUGUCCCCGCAUUCGAUCAAAUAGUGACAGAUGGCAGGCAAGUCACAGUUUGAACCAGUCACCUACUGUCCCCGUAGAGGAGGGGGAGAGAGAUCCUGGUCAAGCUUCUUCCUUCUCAUGUCCCAGCUUCUUCGGUAGCCGCCAUGAUCCGAGAGCAUAUCCUUGCAUGGACCGUCAAGAGCCCAAGGAGCGGUUCCUGCCUCAUCCAGUCGACAGCAAGGACGAUGGUACUCUCAAACUCCCUCUCUGCGAUCCCUACGUUACCGAAGAAGGUGUAGUGGCGGAUAGGGCUGGUCAAUGGUUGUCCUCCAAGAUGCGAUUUAUGAGGAAGAUGAUGAAUUCGAGUCACAUCGUUGUGAGCAAACAACCGAGAGGAAGCAUGCGAAUUACACCUGACGACCAAAGCCGAUCGCACCGAUUAGGGUAUAGCGGGAGCAACCAAAGCAACAAUUCCCCGAGUGGUAUCAUCAGAGUCUGCAGCGAUUGCAACACGACCAAGACUCCUCUGUGGAGGAGCGGUCCUCGUGGCCCCAAGUCCCUCUGUAAUGCGUGUGGAAUACGACAGAGCAAGGCGAGGCGGGCGAUGGCGGCUGCAGCCCGAAACGGUGGACUAAUAAUCCCCGCAACAUAUCCGGCUAAAGCGCCAAGACAGGAGAAGAUAGACAUCGAUCGAACUCUCCCCUUCAAGAAACGGUGCAAGAUUGAUACUGCCAGUAGUAGUAGUAGUAGUAGCAGCAGCAGCAGCAGUACUACCACUACUACUACUGCUAGUAGUAGGAAGCAUUGCUUUGGCAAUGUUACAUCGAGCUCAAACAAGAGUUCGGCAAUCCAAAGGGUCUUCCCGCAGGAAGAGAGGGACGCAGCGAUAUUGUUGAUGGCUUUAUCUUGUGGCCUAAUUCGGAGUUGAGUGUCUGUUCUUUUCUUGUAUUUGAGGUGUCAUCUAAUAAUAAAUAAACCAGAUUUGUGCUACUGUGUUAGCUGAGUGAGGAAGAGUGAAAUGAAGUUAUGGAAGAAAUAAGAUUAUUUUUUUGGGAAUUCUAA